UCCGAUCGAUUAGUCGAGCCUUCAUAUUUUUUUAAAAUGGAAGCCUCCUUACCGUCUACACGUGACGUUUUUACGGAGGCACUAAGAGCUGUUUUGGAGACUUGGCCAGUACUUCAAAUAGCAGUGGACAAUGGCUUCGGUGGCGUGUAUAGCAAGCAGAAAGCGGACUGGAUGGUCGAUGCUGUUCAGCAGUAUUUCCAACAAAAUGAUGACUUGCAACAAUAUGAAGUAGAGGACUUCCUGGCAGACUUAAUGAACAAUGAGUUUGACACCGUAGUGGAUGAUGGCAGUUUGCCUCAGGUGGCUUCAAAAAUUUGCCAGCUAUUCAAACAAUGUGAACAAGGGAUGCUUUUAGAAGUCAGAAGUCAGACUGCCCAGAUUGUACAGAGGAAAAGUUCUGGGAGGGCUAAAGCUACGCCUGCACAGCUCCCAGCAGACGAGGAGGAAGAGGAGAGUGAGGAGGAUGAGAGAGUAACAGAAGAGCCUAUGGAGUGUGAAGAAGAAAAGGGAGGAAGCUCGUCUACUACACCCCCCCAGGGGCAGACUGCUGGCACAGCACCCCCCCAGGGGCAGACUGCUGGCACAGCACCCUCCGAGGAUGCUGAGGACGGCUGGACUGUGGUGCGGAGAAAGAAGUGAACAGUUUGGAGGGGGGGGGGGGAGGGGAUCUGGACACACAGCUAAUAAAAGACUGAAUUAAUAUUCUGCUGCACAAGA